AUGUCCAACCCCGCGCAGCCCUUCGAGUCCUCCCGACGGCAAAGCACCCUCGGGCGCCAGCCAGAAGAGCUUCAUAUUCCAUCGUCAUCAGGUAUGGCGAAUGCAAAUUUGAACCGCCAGUCAAUGGCCCUCGAUUUCCACGCGCCCUCCGAUCCGGCUUCCAACAACCACGUGCCUUCAAUUAAUGUCCACCAACCCUCGAAUACUCAGUAUGGCGGAACGAAUCCUAGCAGCGCUGGCACUGCCCCAGUACCGGGAGCGCUCCAGCCAGGGAAUAUGAGCCGACCUCCAGUGAUGUCUAUGAACACAGCGCCGUCCGUACUACCCACGUUACCCCAGUUAUCGACGCAGUUCUCGCAGCAACAGCAGCAGCAGCAGCAGCAGCAGCAGCAACCUACCACCCCUCGCUCGAGCAUCAACAUGUCGAACUCCCAUAGCUAUUCCAGGUCCAGCCCGUCGAAUUUCGACCAAUCCAGAUACAGACAGCAUGCGACGUCAGACUCGUCUAAAUACGCAUCGCCUCCGGGACCCGGUUACCCACCACAGACGCCGCAGGGGCCGAAAUACUCUCCUCUCGGACUGGCUGACAUUCGACCUCCACCAGACCUAUUGGGGGAUCAUGUUACAAGUCCGGGCGGCAAUCAAUUUAAUGGAGGAGACGCUCAAGUGCCAACAAACAGCAACUAUAUAGCACCCUGGCCUAUUUACGCGGUGGAUUGGUGUAAAUGGCCGCUCUCCGGCUCAAACUAUUUUGGGGGCAAGAUUGCAUUGGGAAGCUAUCUGGAAGACAAUCAUAAUUAUAUACAAAUUGUCGACACGCACUGGACACAGCCAGACCCAGAUACACCAGAUGCUCUAAAUGGGGAGAUCAAACUGGAGUAUACAAAGACGGCAGAAGCCAUGCAUUCAUACCCGGUUACGCGUAUCCUCUGGGAACCACCUUCGUCACAGAAGCAAACGACCGAUUUGCUAGCAACAUCAGGAGACCACCUACGCUUGUGGUCGCUGCCCUCGCCGCAGUCAUUGCAUACAAACUCGAUCACGCGGUCCGCCAAUCAACGGGAUCUUCCCACGGCAAAAUUGUCACCGUUGGCAUUACUGUCGAAUUCGAAGUCCCCUGAGCACACCGCCCCAAUAACGUCACUCGACUGGAAUACUAUUUCCCCGAGUUUGAUUAUCACGUCCAGCAUUGACACGACCUGUACCAUUUGGGAUAUUCCCACGCUCACGGCAAAGACACAAUUGAUUGCACAUGACAAAGAGGUUUACGAUGUUCGGUUCUGUGCCAACAGCGUUGACGUGUUUGUCAGCUGCGGAGCUGAUGGUAGCGUGCGCAUGUUCGAUCUGCGUAGUCUCGAGCAUAGUACUAUCAUCUACGAACCAACAGACAAGAAUGAAAAGGUCAUGAGUCCUGGAAAUGGCAGCCCGUCGGCGCCUCAUAAUCCUCCACCAUUGCUGCGCAUUGCAGCCUCUCCUCACGACUCCCAUCUUCUUGCCACCUUUUCCCAAGACUCCAAUGUCGUCCGCGUAUUGGACGUACGACAACCAGGUCAAGCUCUUCUAGAACUCAAGGGCCACUCAUCACCCCUCAACUGCGUUGAAUGGUCACCAAACCGCCGCGGAGUGCUGGCAUCCGGGGCGGAUGACAGUUUAGUCCUACUCUGGGACCUAAUCAACCAACACAAUGCUGCACCCGUGCCAACCACCAACCCUAACCCAGUACCCGCCACCAACCCCAACACGCGGGCACCGGCUACCACCACUGAACGGGGACCUGCCGCAGCAUUUCAGUGUGAUUAUGAGGUCUCGAACAUCAGCUGGUCGCCCCAGGGCGGGACUACCGGUUCUGGCCAUCCGCGCGAUUGGCUGGGCGUUUGUGGUGGGAGAGGGAUUUGGGGUGUUGGACUAUGA